GUAAUAAGAAACUAGAAGUAUGAAUGGAGAGUCUCAAGCAAAAGUCUGUUACUGAUUGAAAGGUUAAUAGACCAAGUAGGGCUGAAUCAGCACAAUAAUUUGGUCAACAUGAAUUUUCUUCGGGGUACAUGACAGCCAGGAAAACGUUUUAACACAAUGUGUUGAGGAUAUGCAUGUACUACAGAUGAUUUUUUUUAUUGUUUAAGCUUCAUAAUCUUAAUACAAUGUUUGUUCAUUUUCAAGACUGGAUUUCUUUAGCACUGGGUAAGCUUGAGGAUUUUCUAUGAAGCUACUUAUGCACAGGAAUGUAAUCUGGACUAAUGAUUAGCAGUGAGGAGGAAAUAUAUGAUGAAACUCUGUAUCUAUGCCAUAUAAACAGCCGAUCGACCCUGCUUUCACUGACACGAUGGCGGAUGCUUUAUUGGAGCGAGGCACAAACUCUAAUUCCUCAAGUAACCAAACAGGUUUUAUCUCGACAGCACGACUCAGCUGCAGCAACGAUGAGUCAUACAAGUACAUCAUCUUACCCCUGUGCUACUCCCUAACUUUCUUACUCAGCGUCGGCCUGAACUCCACUGUCCUGUUGCGCUCAUAUCGUGGCGGACGCCGAUGGAAUAGUUCACUAAUCUACAUGGUCAACUUGGCCUCCACUGACUUAAUGUACAGCUUGUCUUUGCCGCUCUUGGUGGCUAGUUAUGUCAUGCAUGACAAUUGGGUAUUUGGGGAUUUUAUGUGCAGGCUGGUACGCUUCCUUUUUUAUUUUAAUCUCUACUGCAGCAUCUUUUUCCUCACCUGCAUCUCUGUGCACCGCUACAUGGGCAUCUGCCACCCCAUCAAAACCAUCACAUUGGAGAGCAAGCGUGCUGCGAAGAGCACCUGCGCUAUGGUCUGGGUCGUGGUGUUCCUGCUCACCUGUCCUAUUUUUCGUUUCGCUCAAACCGGUGACAUGCCCAGAGUAGAUGGAAGAGGAACAAAUACAACUACAGAAAGUGGGAUAAACCACGUACGCUCGAAAACGUACAAGAACUGUUUUGAUGUUGCAACUGACACAGAGUUCUCUGAGUACAUUCCAUAUGGAAUCGUUCUUCACCUUCUGGGCUUCUUCGUUCCCUUUACUGUCAUUGCGUGGUGUUCGCAGGUCGUCCGAACCAUCUUUCAGACCUUGCACACCCAAUCGCAUGUGCAGCAGGUUGGUGAUAAUGAAAGAGGCCCCACCAAUCAGAUCUCGAUCGCAGGCACUCAGCACGCACUAUAUAUCAGCAGGCGCCGCAAGUCUAUCAAAACAAUCGCCACCAUCACCUUUUUGUUCGCGUUGUGCUUCCUGCCAUUCCAUAUCACCCGGACGCUGUACCUCAUUCUUAAACAGAGGAAUGCAGAAUGCCGCACCAUACAUGCUAUCUCAGUCUGCUAUAAAGUCACUCGGCCCCUGGCGUCAUUCAAUUCAUGGCUGAAUGCUCUGCUCUACUUCGUCACUGGGGACAAUGGCAUCUCUUGCUGUGGACUGACGGAAAACACUCAUCACACGCACCAUGUCUGGCCGUCAAGAGCUCUUGGAGGACUGAAAAAGGAGGUAGAAGCUGAAAAGCGAGAACAGAGUGAACAACGUACAGGCCACGAUCAGAAGAGAGAUUUCAGACCUUCAGGAAUCACACAGAAGCCUGGGAACGUGAGCAAACCCUGUGCUUGGUGGCUUUCUUUUGAACUGUCUGUGUCUGAAUAAUUUUGAUCAUGUAUUUAUUUUGUUAAAGUUGAAUUAAAAGACCCAUAAGAAUAUUUAUUGUUUAAA